UACACGCGUCAUAGAAAGCACGUGACCUGUCUGCUAUUCGACCUAUCGGUACUUUAGGCUAUUCACAGACUUGUUCGUAUCGCUCACUCUUCGUUUACGUGCUGCGAACUUUCAGUCUGUGGAAAUCUUGUUUCGCUAGUCACAGGGUACGGCUGCGCUUUCGUUGGCCAGCCCCUUGGUCUUCCAGCUGGCUGAGUAAUUUGCGCAAGCUCUGCAAAGCCACCUUCGACGCCUUUGCGCAAAAUGAAGAGCUUCCUGUUGUUUGCCCUGUUCUUCAGUUCUGCGUUCGCAGUGCCUGCCUUCCUGCCACCCAACGAAGUCGACGACGCCUUCGUAGAAGGCUCCAAAGCGUUCGCUCUUCUCCUGCCCGCCGUCGCGUUGCCAUACAGCGUCGCGUUGAUCGCCGUCUUGGUUCCACUGGCCAAGGCCUUCGUCUUGGGAGCCAUGAACGUGUUCAAACUUCCUUUCGAAGUGCUGGUGCUCGGCUACCUCCUCCUGUACGUCGCCAUGUUCACGUUCCCGCAGCUGGCGCCUCUACUCAAGCUGACCUCUGUUUUGGCGGCAAGGUCCGAAUCUGCAAGGGCGACCCGAGCAGCUGGAGAGCCGCAAUUCCAUGCCGUGGACGCCGUGAUGGACUGGGCGCGGGAUUACGUACCGAAGUGGUGGAUGGCAGCCGCCGAGGCCACUGAGGCUCCAGUCAUGACUUCUGAGCCGACGACAGCCGCGACUGCUGAGCCGACGACGAGUACGACGAAGUCGCCGUCGGGAAUGCGGAAAGUUUCGCCACCGACGUCCAGAGCACCCGCGCCUGUCAGGUCAGCGAAACGCCCAGGGUCCACAAAGGCGCCAAGUACGUCUUCCAGGUGUUCUUCCUUCCGAGUGUGCGAGGCAACUGCGAGACUGGUGAAGGAUUAUCCUGUGAGCGCCAUGUUCAUAGGCUAUAUAAGCCAUUUCGUCAAAGGGAUCAAAUUCGAGCGUGCCGUCCGUGAAGGAAUGGCCGGCGUGGACUGCAGUUCAAUCUACCCGCACUGUACGCGAUGAUGAGCACCCUCUCGUCGGCCGAGACGUGUGAAACGACUAUCGUAUAGUGUCGCUGAAAACGGUGAUGAAGCUAUAGCUCCAGACAACUGAUAACGUGCGACCGCUGCGGCAUAUUUUAGUAAAAACGAGCGCAAGUUUUAUGCGCGUACAGCUAAUCAAACUUAUCCAAAGGAACGCACAGAAAUAGAUACGUAUUUGUAGUUUUUCAAACAGCGCAGAAACGGGAAGCGAGACCAGGCUACACAACGCAAGGGCUGACCCCAAGCAGGGACUUAAUUGUGC